AAGGUUAACGAGAUUAAUUGCGAGGGAAAAGGGGAUAACGACGUCAUCUCAUCUGCGACCGAAAAAGAACUGGCGAGGUCGCGGGACGGAUGGACGGCCGCGAAGGACCCGUGGACUCUAGCGAAGAACUACGGGAGCGGUUUCGCCUAGCUGCGCUUCCGUCCGACUUUCAUCAAAUAUGACAGCGUGGCCGCACACGUGAUGAUCGCGUGACGCCGUCCCGUGUUUGCUUCCGGAUGUACACGGAGAAGGAAGCGGCGCGGACGGGCGUGGCGGGCUGGGUCAAGAACACCCGCGGGGGGACGGUGGUCGGCCAGCUGCAGGGCCCCGCCGACGCCGUGGAACGCAUGAAGUCUUGGCUGGACCGGGUGGGCAGUCCGGGCUGCCGCAUCACCAGGACGACGUUCAGUAACGAGCGACCGCUGUCGGCGUUGGAGAUGAGCGGCUUCAGCACCCGCUACUGAAGACCCGAUUGGUGUCGCCUCUUGGCCAAUCGUAUGCCUGCGUUUCCUGUUCCACUUCCUGUUGUUUGACUUUGUGUCCGUCAUUUUAUUUCCUGUUGUUUGACUUGCUGUCAUUUCACUUCCUGUCGUUUGACUGCCUGUGUUGUCACUUCCUGUCAUUUCACUUCCGUCAUUUUAUUUCCUGUCAUUUGACUUCCUCUCAUUUGACUGCCUGUAUUGUCACUUCCAGCCAUUUCACUUCCUGUUGUUUGACUUCCUGUCAUUUGAUGUUUGUGUUGACACUUUGUGUCAUUUGACUUCCUGUUGUGUGACUUCCUGUUGUCAUACUUCCUGUUUGACUCUCUGUCAUUUUAUUUCCUGUCAUUUGACUUCCUGUCAUUUCACUUCCUGUCGUUUGACUUCCUGUUAUCACACGUCUUGUCGUUUGACUUUCCGUCAUUUUAUUUCCUGUCGUUUGACUUCCUGACAUUUCACUUCCUGUUUUUUGACUUCCUAUCUUUUGACUUUGUCAUUUGACUGCCUGUAUUGUCACUUCCUGUCAUUUCCCUUCCUGUCAUUUGACAUCCCGUUCAUCCCACAUGCCUACUCCUCAGUUUCUGACUUCCUGUCACAUGCCCAUGUUUACGCUCCCACACGGUCACGUUUCACUUCCUGUCACAUGCUCUUGUUUAUAGUUCACCUGCCAAUCAUCAAAGAGAGAAAUGAAAUGAUAAGAUGUGGACUUUUUGUCUGUAAAUAUUUGCAGAGUCUGGAGUGUCCUCCCGCCAGUCAAGUGUAAAAUUAAACAAAGCAGGUCAAAGUUCA